AGAGAGAGAGAGAGAGAGAGAGAGAGAGAGAGAUGGGAGUGCCUUCAUUCUAUAGGUGGUUGGUGGACAAGUACCCGAAGGUGGUGGAAAACGCCAUUGAAGAGACAGAGAUCAGCUUAAACACAAGCUUGCCGAACCCAAAUGGGAUUGAGUUUGAUAAUCUCUAUCUUGAUAUGAAUGGAAUUAUUCACCCAUGUUUUCACCCGGAAGAAGAAGAUAUUUCCACACCAAGUACGUUCGAAGAGGUCUUCAAGAACAUGUUUGAAUACAUAGACAGGCUUUUCAAUAUUGUGAGACCGAGGAAGCUAUUGUACAUGGCCGUUGAUGGAGUUGCUCCAAGAGCAAAAAUGAAUCAGCAACGAGCCAGACGUUUCCGGACUUCGAAAGACAAAGAAAUCGCUGAAGAGGAAGAACUUAAAGUAAGACAGCAAUUUGAAAUGGAAGGCAAAAAAGUUCUUCCCAAAGAAGAAGAAUCUGAAGUUUCUGAUUCCAAUAUAAUCACUCCUGGAACAGAAUUUAUGCAUAAAUUGUCUGAGGCUCUAAAAAGCUACAUUAGCUUACGCUUAAGGAACGACUUGGGGUGGAGAAAUAUCAAGGUAAUUCUUUCUGAUGCCAAUGUUCCUGGAGAAGGGGAACACAAAAUCAUGUCGUUUAUACGCCUGCAGCGUACACUUCCUUCAUAUAAUGCAAAUACCCGUCACUGCCUGUAUGGUCUAGACGCUGAUCUAAUUUUGCUAUCUUUGGCUACACACGAAGUUCAUUUUUCCAUUCUAAGAGAGAAUGUUAAGGUUCAAGAACAGAACCACCGCAAUUUUAAAUCGGUUCGCGCUACAAGUCAUUCGACAGCAGAAUUCUCUCCACAAAAGUCAAGAGGCUGGUUUAAUAAUGUGCUAGACUCUGCAGAUAAAUGUCUGGCAGCAUCUGUUACCAAAAAGCCUUAUCAGUUUCUUCAUGUGUGGAUCCUGAGAGAAUAUUUAGAGCUCGACAUGCGAAUUGAUGAUCCUCCGGAGAAUUUCAAGUACGACUUUGAGAGAAUAGUUGACGAUUUCAUCUUCAUGUGCUUCUUUGUGGGAAAUGAUUUUCUUCCCCACACUCCAUCUCUGGCAAUUCAUGAGGGUGCAAUUGAUUUGUUGAUGACUAUCUACAAGAAUGAACUGAAGAAAAUUGGUGGCUAUCUUGUUGACAUGAAUCGGGUUGAGGACAAGAAAGGGGGUUUUAUCAAACCGUCUAGAGUUGAGAGAUUCAUUCUCUCGGUUGGUGCACAUGAGGAGAAAAUUUUCAAGAAACGAUCAGAGAUACAAGAGAGGAAACUUAGGCGACUUUGCUUAAAUAAUGCAGAUCAAGAAGAUAGCAAUGGUUCUUGUAGUGCUACUGAAACCAGCAGUUGUGCUUUUCUUGAUGUUCAAGCGCAAUUGAACAAUUCUGCGAUUGCUCCAAGUGGAGAUGCAUCUUUUGACUAUCAUGAAAUGUUAAAGAAUACAAAUGAUUUAAAGGAAAAAGUGAGACAUAACCUUCGGAGGAAAGCAGACAUGUUGAAGGGUGGUUUUGGAGUGGAUAAAGUAAGAUUGGGUUCUCCCGGUUAUAAAGAAAGAUACUACAAGAAGAAAUUUUCUGCAGAAAGUCCUGGAGAGAUUGAAAGUAUAAGGAAAAGAUUAGUAGAAAAGUAUUCUGAGGGACUUCUUUGGGUUCUUUUGUACUAUUUUUCCGAGCCGCCUUCAUGGAAUUGGUUCUAUCCUUAUCAUUAUGGACCAUUUGUGUCUGAUCUCAAGGGCUUAUCUCAGGUGAAACUGAGAUUAAAAAAAGGUGUUCCUUUUAAUCCUUUUGAUCAACUCUUGAGCGUUUUGCCCUCAAGGAGUGGCCAUGCUCUUCCAAAAGCGUAUCAGGCGCUUAUGAAUGAUGAUAGCCCAAUUGUCGACUUCUAUCCUACUGAUUUUGAGAUUGACGUCGAUGGAAAACGGUUUUCAUGGCAGGGAAUAUGUAAGCUCCCCUUUAUAGACGAAGAACGCCUCCUUUCGGAGACUACUAAGUUAGAGAAUGAUCUAGGGGUUGAAGAAAGAGAGAGGAAUUCAAAAAAGCUUGAUCAAUUGCUUGUGUACAGCACGCACAAGUUAGGAUCACAUAUUCUGUCAGUCUCUAAAGAGCAAAACCAAAAUGUGGGCAAGAGAGGAACAAGUUUGAGUGAUGAAAUUGGUGGGGUUUUAUGGCUUCAUCAUGAGCACACAGUUGUGGAUAAAGAAAAUGAAGACAACUCUGUCUUAUGUGUGUACUAUGAGCCACCUGGCUGCGGUCCACACGUUCCUCGCCUUCUUGAAGGAGUAAAAUGUCCUGAAAAGACAAUUAGAGAAGAUGACAUAAAGGAAACACAAUUAUGGCAUGAGUAUCAGGGAAAGCCGCCCAGCAAAUACACGAAUAUUCAGCAGGGGCUUAAAAAGGUAAGUAUUGGUGCGAAUUUAGCGGUCCAAAGUAGUGAGCACAGAAGACCCCGUUCUGGAUGGAGAGCUGGCAGAGGAGGAAGAACACACAGCUUAAACUAUGAACCUCCGAUUCCCAAAUCAAGUCGAAGAGAAAACUUCGGUUUGAAUACGACUCAUAACAGUAACAGUCAAAUUUUCCCUGGCAUAUCCUAUGAUCAACGGUAUGUGCGCAAAGAUGCAGGUUCUGGCUGGGGUGAAGGUAGGGGAAGACCAAACGGUAAUCAUAAUGCAAGCAACCCAAGUUAUGCUUCAAGCAGUUUCCGUCGGACAUCUGAUAUGAACAUGUACGAGUGGAGAGUAGUGCAUUCGAGUCUAGAUGGACGAAAUAUUUCGGUGGAAUCACGACCAUCCGAGUCGAAUAGGACUAGUGGAGGAUUUCAGGCAGGGAGUGGAAGUUUCCUGCCAUCCAGAAACAAUGCUUGGCGCCCGAGUUUUAGGCCCGAUGGUGGUUACGGUAGAGGCACUAGCAUUGGCAGAGGGCAACAACAUCAUGAUUUCAGUGAAAACAAUCAAUCUUUUGCUCGAAACCGGUCAAGGCAAUCUUAUGGAAGAGGCUGCAACAUUCCUUAUGGUGGUUAUUAUCUCACCUGAAUGAGUUUUUA